UGCUAAUAUUUCGGACACACUGCAUUUCACACUUAAACAUGAAGUCUUUACUCCACUUUCCGACCGUCUUUACUGACCACUGUGAACUAAUUGCCGCCAUUAAAAUCGUUAGAGGUCCAAAAUCACAAAACUACUCAGGCUUAACAGGACCGUUAGCUUUGCUCGCAUUGGAUGUCUUUGCCCAAAGUAAGUUAUGGGUUAAAAAAGUUCAAUUACACUUGAUCCACAACUGGACGAAAUCUGUCCCAUCAAAUGAUGUACCUGUAGCUCCGUGCCAAAUUGCAUCUCCCGUGGCCACAUUUACGCCUGCCUUACACCCUAACGACUGGGUGGUUUGGUUAAUCAAUGGGUAAGAAAUUUGGGAGUUUUUAGUUUGUGUUGUUUCACCAGCUAGGCCUAACUAUUAUAGUCGAAUACCACACUGGAAGCGCAGGUGAUUUGGGAUCGUCAAUACCUAGAGAUGUAAGUCUUCAUCUUUCAUAUGAAUUCUGAGUCUCUGACAUCUCUCAGGAGUUAAUAAGACUACUCUUGGGAUCUGAUCCGUGGGCAAAAUGAUGAUUAGAAGUUGUUCCUCUUCCAUUUUGGGUCAUGGGGGUUCUGUUUCAGAGCCUCACAUGGGAACGGAAUCGAGUAAUUAUGGUAAUCAUAAGCACCCGAUUUGUAGCUGUGCUGGUUUUAAGAAGCGUCGGAGCCAUAAAGGUGAGGAGCCCUUUGCAGGCGAGAUUUCUGCUGUGUUUAGAAGAGGGCAUUCAGAAAGUAAUUUGGUGCCCCUGUUCGUCAGGAAUGAGGAAGCCAACAACCAGAGGAUAGAGAAAUGGCGUUUGCUUAGGGUAAUGUGCUCUAGAAAAAAUGGGCUUUUAAUUACGGCAGCAGAUGGCACAGAUGAAUUGAAUACUAAGGAUGUCUUGGAUGAGGAGAAGCUGGGGAGUUCUCUGAAGUUUGAAAACCCCUUGGAGAAUUUGGUCUGUUCCGGGGAAGAUCAAUCAGAGAGGAUGAGUUCUCUUAGUGAAGGAGAAUAUAAAAUACCUGUAACCCACAAAAUGAAUCGUGUGCAUCGUAUAGAAGACGAUAAGCCAUCGGUGUGUGAAAGGAUGUCUGAGAAUCAGGUAGACGGCUAUUCCAGUUUAGAAAUUGGGGCAAAAGGAAUGGCUCUGGUUUGUACUGAGAGAGGUUGCAGACCUGCCCUUUUAUGUGACAAAGGGAGCAUAACCCAAGGCAUUGACAAUGAAGAGGCCGGAGUAGGAGUUGCUCGAACUGGAGGUGAAGGAAGAAGUUCUUCAACAGAUUCCAUCAGCACAGAUGUAUAUUACCAGAAGAUGCUGGAAGCAAAUCCUCAGAAUCCCCUUCUGCUGAGAAAUUAUGCCAAAUUUUUACAUGAGGUGCAACGGGACAUUGAGAGAGCAGAGAAAUGGUAUGGAAGGGCCAUUUUGGCAAGCCCUGGAGAUGGAGAGAUCCUGGUACUUUAUGCCAAAUUCAUAUGGGAAAUUCACAAUGAUGCCGCUCGAGCAGAAGCUUACUAUGACAGAGCAGUGAAAGCAGCCUCGCAAGACUGCUAUGUUCUUGGAUCUUAUGCUAAUUUCCUAUGGGAUUCAGAAAAUAACGAGGAUGAGAAUGACUUUCUGUAGAGCAGAACAUGACAAAUCCCACCUAUUUCACUGCGACAACUUCUGCUACUGCCUGAACUUGCAACAAUGGCGUGCAGAUUAAAGUAUUUCUCUUGUACAUAGGCUGUCACAUGAAAUAUUCUCAUGGAGAAAAUGUAAAAUAUUGGAAUCCUGCUCAAGGUAUAUAAUGGAUUACUGUUUAACAUA